GUCGGAAGACCAUUGCGCCCAAUCCUACUGCCAGUCGCCUGCUGACGUCCGCUCUGGCCAGCAAGCACUGCAUAGGGCGGUGACGGCCGUACAGCAGACCUUCGCUCGACAAUAGUAAACCCCCCAGAGCGUGGUUGCUACCCUCAGUCACCAUGAAUCGCUUCCUCACGAGAAAGAAGGACAAGAAGAAGGCGCAGCCGGAGCCCAAGCCCGAGCUCGACCUGUCGGCGGCGUUGCCAAAGAUAGACGACUUCAGGACGAGUCUCAUUAUGCCCGGCUUGUCAACACGCUUCAGUAUGCUGAGAGAACAGGACGACCCGAGUUCAAAGAUUGGAAAGGCAAGCGACGACAGUGUUUUGCAACCAAAACGGCAGUCCCGUCUACACGAGUUUGGUUUCGUCCCAGGAGGGCUCUCUGAUAUAGCCGAAGUUUCAUCGCUUAAUGGUUCAAUUCGCCCGCCCUUCGCAACCGAGCGGCAGAAUUCGUUUGACAGUCACAAUACCGACGAUGGCUCUGGCAGCAUGAUGAGCCGGGCGAGACCCGGUGAGGGAAAUAUUUUGUUUGGCGGGCGACAGAAGAUCUACAAGAUCUCGGGUAGCGGGUCGUCCAAGGGUAGAGCGUUAUACGAGGACGACGUGAACCUGUCCACCUUCCAGAAGCUACGCCAGCAAGAGAAGGAGCGACUCGCCGCCCAGGAGGCUCAAGAGCAGCAGGGCACCGUAUACGAGCCCUCCAGUCCCGCCAAGGAUACCUACUCUCCGUCCACCGAGGGCUUCAGCCGGCGCAGGGAAACAUCAUCAUCCACCAAUUCCGGCACCAACGCUCGCACUUCGACCGCCGCAACAUCAAUUGCAUCACAGGGUGCGAAUUCGGUCGCUGGUUCCUCGCCCGCUCUCAACAACUCGGCCCAACCCACGUCGCCUGUGGAGCUCAAUCGCUCUACCACCAAGGCCCGCAGGCUGUACGACCAAGGCCUGGACCAGCACAUCUACGACCAGCAGUCGUCAGCACUGAACCGACUCAACUCUAUUCAAAGAACACGCGCUCCCACAGGCCGAUCGACCCCGCCGUUACUAUUUUCUCAAACAAGAUCUGCGACAAACCUGAACGACCGGUUCAACCGGGGUCCCGUCUUCCGCACCGAAAGUCCAACCGCACUGGGCAAUCCCGGCAUCCCGAAUGGAAAGGAUGCACAGUCUAGCGGAUCAAGCCCUAUCAUCUCUCGUCCACAGUCGCCUCCGCUAACUAGCCCUUUGGCGAGUGACAGCGAGGAUGGCCAGAUGCUUAACUCAGCACUGCAACCUCAAGAUCGAGGAAAGGCAACCGCCAUGGGUGCCUUCAACAAGCCGAAGCAGGCAUUUAGCGAAGAGCGGUAUGCCGAGCGUCUCAAGCAGUUGCAGCAAGAGCGCGACGCCUCGGUACCGAAGCUGGACAACCCUAGGAAGCCCUCCUUGCGCGAGCGCGCCGAACUUGAGAAACGGAAACGUGCCGAGACUGCGGCGACUGAUCGACAGCGAUCCGAGUCGACAUCUGAGCAGAAACAUGCACCAUCUCCGUUUUCGGUGUUCCAGUCGGCAGCCAAUCAAAUGAAGAGUUCACCUACCACCGCCACCCAUCCGCCACGCCCGCAGCCAGAGCCGUCGACGAUGAACGUCCAAUCCCCUGAUUCUCAGCAAGGAGCAACAUUCUUCGCAUCUCCUGGCUCAAGCGAUGACGAGGAAGAAGCUCCUCAGCCAGUCCUGCCCAAGAUUCCUGAGCGGGGACGACGAAUCGAGAAUCUUCCCACCGCGACUGGACCAGCUCCCCCGAUUCUGGAUCAUCCCGCUCUACGUUCGCGGAGUAACUCCCGGCUCCCGGACAAGUUCGACCAUCCGCCACUGCCUUCUCGCAGUCCGUCGCGACCCCGGCAGGAUGAACCCCGCUCAUCUCCCCAGGCUGACCCUGCAGGUAAGCCAGACGACGCAGAUAUAGAUUCUCCCACCCUGGGUCCCAACAAUGGUGGUCUCAGCGGCCUCAUUCGACAGCAUCUACGAAACGUCAGCAAUGUCUCAUCUGACUACGGCGAUAACCGUCAGAGUAUAAUGAGCCCGCCCCCCUUGCAGACGCAGAAUUUUGGUCUCCAGCGACGGCAGCCUACCUCGGAAACUGAUACCCCAGCACAUUCAAGCUACAGUCACUCUAAUCCUUGGGACCUGGAUGAUAUCGAAAGCAACCCGUUCUAUAACGAACGAGGAAGCGUGAGCUCUGUGAGCCCCGUCGAUGCACCCAAGCCAAAACCGCAGCCGAUCAACGAUAAGCCUCUUUGGGAGAAGGAGGAGGAGAAGACACAUCAACGUGGUGAUAGCGUGGAGGAACAUGAAGCGUUCCAGCGGGAUCUCGUUCAACGCCAGCGCGCCAUUCAGGAAAGCCUCAGAGCGAGGGCCGAAGGCCGAUCAACAAGCCCUGCACCAACAUCAUCUGGCGGACUCAAGACAGCCCUAAGUAUGCUUCGCGCAAAAUCGAGCCGGGAGUCGUUUGCGACGGUCGACGCCCACAGGCAGCAGGAGGCUCCUUCUAAAGCGAUGAAGAUGCUCGGUAUUGGGGCCAACUCGGCGAAUGGCAGCAGCACGUCUCUAGCAGGGGAUCAUUGGAGGCCUGAAGGGCAGUCGCUGCGACAGAAGCCCAUGCGCAUGCUUCAGCAAAGUGAGAGGGAUGCCCAGCGCGAGCGCGAAGAGAGCCGGCAGCGUUCCGCAACCAACGAUAGCAGCAGAGAUCCGCGACCCCAGGGCAGGUCUCCGCCUUCAUCCAGCAGAGCAUCUACGAGAGAUCGGUCAAAUUCUGAGGUCUCCUCUGGCCGUUCCCGCAGCCGGCCCGGACAGUACCGUGACGAUCUAGAGCAAGCUAUGGCGGAAGGUGUCGGAUCUAGGACCACCAUGUACCCUCCAAACUCGUCUCCCUCUCUCCCUGGCUACGCUGCCAAUACAACCCAGCCCCUCCCCGCGGAGAGGCCAUCACUGGAUAGUCAAGGCCGGUUGAGAUCGCGGAGCAAUAGCAGAACCGCUGCGUCUAACUAUUUCGAGUCGAAGCAUCUCCAGCCAAUCCAUACUGGCCACGGACCCGUCAAUGGAGCUUCGCCUCGACUUUCUCCCGCUGGUCAUAGCCCACAGCCACCACAGUUCUCCCCCGGCCUUCCAGCUUCGCCUCGCCCCUCACCUGGCAAUCCGAGCCCGAGCUUGAACGCGUUCCGUCCACAAGCCUCGCCCGUACCCCCUUUCUCGGCCAACAACACUCCGCCUGUGUCCAACCCAGGAACGCCAGUUGCGCCGGCCUUCAAUCCUAACGCGGCGCCGCAGCCGAUGGCGAAGAUCGGCACCCUGCGAAAGAAGUCGAUUGCUAAGUCUGACAUUUCCGAGCCUGUCUUCGUAUCUACGACCUCGGUCAUCGACACUAUCAAUCUGCCGCCUGGAGCUUCUCUUAAGAACGGCAUACAAACGCCCCCGCCAGUUCCUCCCAUCAAUCCUAAGAGGCGACGCUUCGGCCUUGGCCGGUCAGAGUACCAUGAUCCGGGCAUUCAUCCUGGACUGGGUGCACCUCACGCCCCGUUCGCGGAUCCAAUGCGGACGAAUUCGUCUGACGCACUAUCGAGCCAAACACAAUUGCCUAGGCAACGACUAAGACAGACAUCAAGCGAAGGAAAGAGUUUGCACGGCACAGCGCAGGCGCAGGCUGGAGCCAGCCCGGCUACGCCAACAACUCCUUUCGGACGCAACAACUCGCCACCCCGACCUAUCCAUGUAAACCCCAACCCUCAGCGCAACAUGAACGGCGCCAUGUUCUAAAGCUUCUCCUUCCUCUAUUAGCCAAUUAGGGAGUUUCACUGUCACGGCGCCUGGUCAAAAGCAGCAAUAUCUCUCACCUACUCUGUUCUACUCUGUUCUACUACGCCCCUUUUAGUGCGAUAAUUUCUUCUUUGGGU